AUGGCGGCGAACGGAACGACGUCGUCUUUGGGAGGGAGGAGCGAGAGUGAGAAGGAGAAGACGAAGAUGAGAGAGAGACAGAGAAGAGCCAUAACUGGAAAGAUCUUCCAUGGAUUGAGGAAACACGGCGGUUACCGCCUCUCACCCCGCGCCGACAUCAACGAGGUCCUCCGUUACCUAGCCGCCGAGGCCGGCUGGACUGUCCUCCCCGACGGCACCACCUUUCGCUCUAACGUCGGGAAUUGCUGUCCGACGUGCGGCGAGACGCGAUCGAGUGCGACGCCGACGCCGAGCAGCACCGUCGUCGUCGCCGGUGGCGGAGGAGGAGAGUGUUCGACGACGGCGUCUCCGCGGCGUUUCACCGUCGGAGAUCCGGCGAUCGCUGUGCCUGCUUCCUCGCUCUGCAAUGUCGCUGGCGGAACUUCCUCAGUCGACGGCGACAUCCCGAUGGCGGCGCUUUACAAUAUGUACGGUGGUGGAUUUCCCGGCGGGCUCCAACAGUACUCUUCCGUCGUCUUCAAUGGCGGAGGGCCGUCGCCGGUGGCGUUUCAGCAGCAGCACUUGCAGGAGGCUAGGGCUUCCAACCAGAACACGCCGGUCGGCUCGCCUCUGCGCCGCGCGUAA